AUGGCAACUCGAGAGGAUGAAACGGGGCUGCUUCAAAGGUCCAGUGUUUGGACCCCGACUCGAAACUGGUGGAGGAGGGUAACAGGGACCUACUCCAUGGCAGGCCGGGCGGUGGGGGGGCAGUGCACGCCCACUCAGUUCAGAAAUUCCACCACUAGAGUCCUCUUGAGCCUAGCACUGUGCUUGGCAUACAGCAGGUGCUCAAUCAAUACUUGCCGGAUGACUGAAUGCCUCAUGUCAGCAUCAGGAUGCCACCUAGGCCCUGAGGAGCCGGGGAGAUGGGAGGAAAGCUUUUGGAGUCCUGCCAUGCCUUACAUUAGCAGCAUCUUCUCUGAGUCCUGGCAGCCAGCCCCCUGGGAUGCCAUUUGA